GGUCCAGGUUUGAAUCUGCGGACGCGUCUCCGGUGGCGUUUUCGGUGUGAACGGAGCGAACCGGCGGGGCUGCGGGUCUGAACCUGUGCGGACGUGUUUAUCCGUGACGCGGGGAUUAACUCUCGUCCUGCGGCUUCAGACCUGUCCAGUGUCUCCAUGGAGUCAGAGCUGCUGAUUGGCUUGCAGCAGGAGAAGGCGGAGCUUAAACGGGAGGUGUGUCGUCUGCAGGAGGAGCUGGCAGAGAGCCGAGCGGACAGAGAGGAGCUGGAGUCCAGGAGCAGAGCCCUGAAUGACAGGCUGUGCCAGUCAGUGUGUCCCUCGCUCGCCCUCUCUCUGCGUGCGGAGGGUGAGCAGAGGGAGUGGAGGAGGAGGGUGAGGGAGGGGAGAGAGAGGGAGGCCAGACAGGCUCUGCUCGUCCACCGACUGCAGAACAAGGUGGUGGAGUACAGAGACCGAUCUCAGCGUUUGGAGCUGCAGCUGCAGGAUGAACACACACAGCUCCUCAACAGUGAGCUGAGGAUCAGAGAUGAACACAGCGACUCUCUGGAGAGCGCCCUGAUCAGACUGGAGGAGGAACAGCAGAGUCGGUCUGGUUGAGACCAAUGCUCUC